AUGAGCCAAGAAAAGAGUGCUGACAACUCGUUGAAGAGGGUGCCUAGCCCAGCUGUUGUUUCAAUACCCUCCAUUGAGGGAGAGGUCAUCACAAUUAAUAAGGGAGAUGUGGAUCAGGCUAUGUACUAUGCGCUAGACGCGCAAGGCUUGGAUUUAGACCCAGUAUAUGAGCGGAAACUGCUUCGCAAGAUAGACUGGUGUAUCCUCCCAAUCGUCGUAUGCUUGAUGUCAUGUCAACUCAUGGACAAAACGACAAACUCCUAUGCUUCUAUUAUGGGCCUCACUAAGGACCUCGAUAUGAAAAGUCAGACAUACUCUUGGGUGGGAAGUUCUUUCUACUUUGGCUAUCUGGUGUUUUCGUUUCCAGCAAAUCUGUUACUCCAAAGGUUUCCGUUAUCAAAAACACUUGGCAUCGCGGUAAUCUUGUGGGGCAUCAUUCUUAUGUGCCAUGCGGCAUGCUAUUCAUCUGCCCCCUUCCUUGUAUGCCGUGUUUUACUAGGUGUUUUUGAAGGGUUCAUGAAUCCGGCAUACAUCCUUCUAACAGCACAAUGGUAUAAGAAGAGUGAACAGUUCAUGCGGUCCUGCAUUUGGUUCGGAUUUCAAGGUUUUGGAACUAUUUUAGGAGCGGGAAUUGCUUACGGGCUUGCUUCGCAUGAGUACCCUAUAUCAUCCUGGAGACUUCUUUACAUUAUUACAGGUGUCAUCACGAUUGCGCUUGGCAUUAUCUCUAUCGUUCACAUACCCGACAUCCCAGUCAAGGCAUGGUUUUUGAAUGAGACUGAAAGAAAAUACUGCGUGGAGAGAAUCAGAUCUAACCAGCAAGGGUUUGGAAAUCAGCACUUCAAGAAAGUUCAGCUGAUCGAAGCUUUUAAAGACCCGAGAACUUUGAUCUUGUUCAUUUACGGGAUGGCGUACGCAAUUCCAAAUGGAGGUUUCACCAAUUUUGGUUCAAUAUUACUCCACAAAGAUUUUGGUUUCUCCACGAAAGAGUCUCUUUUAAUGAAUAUGCCAGGUGGUGGUAUUGAUAUUGUUAUUCCCUUCGUCGUAGCGCUCAUCAGCGUCAAGUUUUUUAAGGGAGAUCGCUUGCUAAUUUGCCUGGCCAUAAACUCUUUGGUUAUAGUCGGGAUGUGUCUCCUGAAUUUUACUUCCCACAAAGGAUCAAAGUUAGCUGGUUACCUUUCAUUCUAUGCUGCGACCGCCGUUGUGUCGGGUAUGGUAUCCUGCAUAUCGUCAAACACUGCCGGUUACACAAAGAAAGUCACGGUAAAUGCAGUUUUCCUUGUCGGCUACUGCGUAGGUAAUAUAAUUGGGCCCCAAAGCUUUCGCGCUAAUCAGGCUCCCAACUAUGCCGGUGCAAAGAUAGCUAUGCUUAUCUCAUUCUGCGCAGCAGACGUCUGCGUUGCUUUGAUGCACUGGCUAAACAAGAGGGACAAUAAGAUUCGCGAUGACAUGAAAGCCGCACAAGGCUCCGAUUAUCAAGAACCAGAGUAUCUGGAAUUUGCUGAUUUGACUGAUAAGCAGAACCCCGCUUUCAGAUACUCACUGUAG